GGUUUAUUCAAUUUACUCCGAAUCCCAAACCUCCGUCAAAACUGAAGACCCUCCCUCUCUGAUUCCCCCAAUCUUCCAAAAAUGGCGUCUCUAUCCCUUUCUCUCUCCCUCCACCUAACCCCCAAACCGCUUCUGAACCCAAAACCCCUCUCCAGUGUCAGCUUCAUUAGAAGAUCGACCGCCAAGGUUCCGCAAUCACGAAAAUCCACCAUCCCUCGCAUGUCCCUGAACCCGACCCCGGCCACCGACCGCCUAAUCUCCGCCGCCGCCUACACUCUCCCCUUUUUUAACGCCCUCCAAUACGGCAGCUACCUCUUCAUGCGGUUCCCUCAACUGCGCACCAUCCUCGACCCUAUCUUCCCUCUCUUGAGCCUCUACAGAUCCAUCCCGUACGCGAGCUUCGUCGCCUUCUUCGCUCUCUACCUCGGCGUCGUGAGGAACGAAGCGUUCAGUCACUACGUCCGGUUCAAUACGAUGCAGGCGGUGGUUCUGGACGUGCUGUUGGUCGUGCCGGUGGUGUUGACCCAGAUCUUGAGUCCGGGCCGGGCCGGGCUGUGGUACCGGGCCUUGGUGUGGGGUUACAGUGCUGUGUUUGUGUUGAGCUGUUUGUGUUUUGCGUAUGCAGUGGUUUCAUGCGUUAUGGGCCGGACCCCGUAUUUGCCCUUUGUUGGUGGUGCUGCUGGCAGGCAAGUUUAGCUUGUACUCCUGGGUACAAGUGGACGAAACGUCAGAAACGGUACACGUCCGCGGAGCACGCUUGAUGAGCUGGUGGCUGGUUUGUGCUCUGAAUUUUUAUUUGUUUAAAUUUGAAAGUGAAUUAUGUAGUUUUUAUAAUGCUAGUUUUUAUAAUAGUUAAUUUUUUUUAUGAUGGUUAAUUUAAUUUAAUUAUAUAAGGUGCUGGUGAUGACAUAUGGGCAACUUUUAUAUGUACAUUCUUAUGCUCUUUUAAUUUGUUUUUAAUAUAUUUAGUUUGAUUUU